CAUUUAUACUUAACUACUUAUAAUAAUUUCUAACAUAUAAAACAGUUUAUGGAAUUAAAAUGGUGUCAUAUUUUACUAUUGAUGCUACCGGAGAAGGAACAAACUUUCAAAAGGAAAUAUCUAACAUGAUGCACGGCUUUGGAGACAAUCCGAACCCAAACGCUGCAACAGUGGUUUUGGUUGAAAAUAUCGUACUGCAACAAUUGAGAACGAUGCUACAAGAAGCUCUGAACAACUCGAUCAUGAGAGGUUCAAACGUAAUAACAAAUUAUGAUUUAAUUUAUUUGGUGAGAAAAAAUCCAGUGAAAUUAAAAAGAUUACACGACUAUCAAAUUAAAUUAGAUCGAAUAGAUAAAAACCGACAGCCAACAGUGAGUACGACGACGGAGACCAUUUUGCCGGGAAUUAUUCUAGAUGAAGAAAAAGAUGUCACUAUUAAAAAGAAACGCACACACAUUGACGUUAUACAAGAGAUGGAUGAAAUGGACGAAGUGAGUCAAAUAAAAUUUGAUGCUAUAGACUACUUGAGGAAAGUUAGGGCGUCUAAGAUAACUGAAUCUAUGUCAUACGAAAAAUAUGAAGCAUAUCACAAAGCUAGGUGCAGUUCAUUUCGUUCAGGCUACGGUCUUAGUAAAGGUUUUGUGAAAUUGGAACGAUGGAUUAACCCAAACAAAGAGUUAAAAAUAAAUUCUUUAGCAUUGGAAGUCCUUUGUUUUCUGGCAUAUGAAACAGUUGCAGAAAUAGUUGAUGCUGUGUUCUUAAUACGUCAGGAUAGCAAAAAGAAGAGCGGCGAUCCGUUUAGUAAAUUUGAAGGUGGUUACUUUUGUAAUCCACAAAGUUUGAAUAACGCAGUUUAUAUAAAAUCUGGCUAUGAAGGUGUGCCAGCAAUAACUGUUGCCGAGGUUAGGGAAGUUUUAAGAAGAUAUUUCACACCAAGAAAUGGUAUGAACGGACUGUUUUAUAGAAAUAUGAGUAUGGACUUACCCAUUAGAUAUAUUGCGAUAUGAUUUUUAAGUCUGAUGUAAAAUAAAUGUUUUUAAAAUUCAAA